AUGGCAACGCACGCUGCUUACGUCAUACGUUGGUGGCUACUAGUUUGGCAUGUGUCUUAUAUAGUAUGUAUUUCCAAUGAAAAUGCCACAACUCAAAUACAAACGGAGUCAACAAGCUCGAGUGUUCGUCUCACCGAACCACCAACGACAUCUGCAUCGACUGUUAAAUAUACCAGCAAGCCAGCAACCAGCGUAAAGCAAUCAACCACGAAUGGACCUACAGACAGAACAAGUACGUCAAUAUCAGUGCCGAUACCUAAAAGCUCAACAAGUGAAACUACCGCAGUAGAAGACACUAGCACUCCCGAGGGAAUAAUAAGUACUACAGUCGAAAGUGCCAUAGCAGUAGAUGCCACGAAUGUCCCGUUUGUCGGUACCAAUCUGACGACAACAAGUUACACAACAGAAUCCACAGUUAGUGGAUCAUCCGCGAGUGAUUCAACGACAAGCCAAUCCAAUGAGCUAACAACAAACAAAUACUAA